GGGUAGGGUGCGGGGAACGGAGGCGGAGCUGCACUUUAACUCCGCCCCCGUCCCCUGAGGCCGUGCCUCAAGCCGGGCUGCAAACUUUAGCGUCCCUGAAGUUGCUAUCUUGGCUGAAGAGAAAGGGACUGGGUGAAUGGACGGCGCCUUAGCAGGGGUGGGAGUCCGGGCUGGGAGGCGGUGUCCCCUCCCCGCUGGUGCUUGUCGCGGGGCCCUUUAAGGGCCAGCCUGCCGCACGUGAGCGGCUCCAGGAAGCCAGCGAGACUGCCGCCCUGACGCUCGAGGGACCAGCUGGAGGCGACCGCCCCGGAGGCUCGAGAGGGCGCCUCGCGUGCCCAUGGUCAGCAGUAGGGGCUGUUCCGGGGCCAGGUGUGGUAGCUAGAGCCCUCCUGGAAGAAGAGGACUGUCUAAGAUCAGGGCUGAAGAGCUGCCUUGCGCUGGAGCACUUGGAACACCUAGUCCCUGCUGCCCUGAACACCAUGAGUUGCUAAAAGUGAGCCUGGCUUUUCAGCUGCCUUGGGGUGCGGCGUUGGGGGCACAGAGCCAUGUCGGAACUGCUACUCCUAGGCCUCAUUGGGGGCCUGGCUCUGCUGCUGCUGCUGACGCUGCUGGCCUUUGCCAGGCACUCGGGCCUGCUGGCUGGGGUGGCAGUGAGUGCCGGCUCACCCCCCAUCCGCAACGUCACUGUGGCCUACAAGUUCCACGUGGGGCCUUACAGUGAGACGGGGCGGCUUUUCACGGAGAGCUACAGUGUCUGCCCCAGACUGCGCUCCAUCGCCGUCUACUACGACAACCCACACCUGGUGUCCCCCGAGAGGCGCCGCUGCGCAGUGGGCAGCAUUCUGAGUGAAGGCGAGGAGUCGCCCCGCCCAGAGCUCCUCCAGCUCUAUCAGAAAUUUGGCUUCAAAGUGUUCUCCUUCCCAGCACCCAGCCAUGUGGUCACAGCCACUUUCCCCUACACCAGUGCCCUGUCCAUCUGGCUGGCUACCCGCCGUGUUCAUCCUGCCUUGGACACCUACAUCAAGGAGCGGAAGCUGUGUGCCCACCCUCGGCUGGAGAUCUACCAGCAGGACCAGAUCUACUUCAUGUGCCCACUGGCUCGACAGGGAGACUUCUAUGUGCCUGAGGUGAAGGGGACUGAGCGGAGGAGCCGGGGACCCGUGGAGGCCAGUGAUGCCCACACAGACAGCACAGGAGCUGACAGGACAAGUGAAGGAAGCUCUGUGAGCCUUGAGGUGGGUCCCGGCAGCCGGGAGACUUCAGCUGCCACACUGUCCCCUGGGGUGAGCGGCCGCGGCUGGGACGACAGCGACAACCGCAGUGAGCACAGCUACAGCGAGUCAGGCACCAGUGGCUCAUCCUUUGAGGAGCUGGACCUGGAAGGCGAGGGACCCCUGGGGGAGCCAAGGCUCAGCCCUGAGGCUGAGUCCCUGGGGACUCCCAAGUGGGCCCGGGAGCUCAGUACCCCUGAGAAGGGCGAAGAGUGACCCACAGCCCACGGCCUUCUCUGGUGCCGUCUCUAGGAACUGAUCAGACUCUUCAGCCCUCCUUUUCUACCUUCCGGGCCCAGGCUGGAGCCAGGAGUCUCAGGGGACCUCCGUUCGACGACUGCCGUGGCCUCUAGCCAAGCCCUCUCCAAGCUACCCUCUCGGCUCCUAGGGCCAGAGGGCUGGGGACUGCCAUCUCUGUUCAUCUCUUUUCAGACUCACAUUGGAGCUUCCAGGACCCAGAAUAAAACAAAAGAUUUUCUUGUUUCACCUGGA